GAAUUCUAACCUAAAUAAAAAAUGUAGGUGAUGAUUUUGUGAAUUUACAACACGGAAUUUCUAUUAUUUUUCACUUCAGGAUGUAUCAAAGAAUCAUUUUCCGUCUUCGGCAAGCAUUGCCCCUAUCGAGAACUUUAACAACGGAAGUUGUCUAUGAUACCAAUGACGCUGCUAACAAGCCCAGCGGAACUGUAGAGAUCAAACAGAAAACAUGGCCAUAUCCUCCCAAAUACCAAGAUCCCUGUCAAGUAUGGGUUGAAAAUUUCGAUACAAUCGAUGAGAAUAAAUUAGAAAUAAUAGAACUUCACCCUGAAGUGUUUGCUGCCAACCCCAGAAUCGAUUUGAUACAUGAAAAUGCAAGAUGGCAGCAAUUGUAUCGUUAUGUUAGUUAUGCACACACCAAAUCUAGAUUUGAAGUUAGAGGAGGCGGUAAAAAACCUUGGCCCCAGAAAGGAAUGGGAAGAGCAAGACACGGUUCUAUUAGGAGUCCAUUGUUCAAAGGAGGUGGAGUUAUUCAUGGACCUAAAUCUCCCACCCCACAUUUCUACAUGUUGCCUUAUUAUAAGAGAGUUAAUGGUUUAGCUUCUAUGUUAUCAGUUAAGCUCGCUCAAGAUGACCUUCAUAUAAUAAAUGAUAUUGAGAUACCUACCGAAGACCCAAAAUACAUAGAGGAACUCAUCAAGAGCAGAAAUUGGGGACCAUCUGUUUUGAUUCUUGAUGAAGUUGAUAUUAUGCCAAGAAAUAUAACAGUGGCGACAGACCAAAUCAAGCAUGUGAAUUUGAUGCCAGCUUAUGGUUUAAAUGUUCACUCAAUGCUCAAACAUGACACCCUCGUUUUGACUAAACCUGCAGCUGAAUUGAUAGAGAAUAAGCUUCUUACUGCUCUGUACAGAAAUCAUGCUACACUAUAUUCAGGAAAAUUUAAGCUUAGUCAAGCAUAAACAGAUUAAAUACAUAGUUACACAAA